UCUUGUUAUUGCUCUCGCUUCCGCCUCUCUCUCAUUCUGCGCAUCGCCUCAAGGUAAGAGUUGAAGAAGAGGAGACUGUGAAAAUGGUUGAGAAGACUAAGGGACGAAAGGAGGAGGUCGUCACCAGGGAGUUCACCAUCAACCUCCACAAGCGCCUCCAUGGCUGCACAUUCAAGAAGAAGGCUCCCAAUGCCAUCAAGGAGAUCAGGAAGUUUGCCCAGAAGGCAAUGGGAACAAUUGAUGUCAGGGUGGAUGUGAAGCUGAACAAGCAAAUCUGGAGCAGAGGAAUCAGGAGUGUCCCAAGAAGAAUCAGGGUUCGCAUUGCUCGCAAGAGGAAUGAUGAUGAAGAUGCGAAGGAAGAGCUAUACUCCCUUGUGACUGUUGCAGAGAUCCCAGCUGAUGGACUGAAGGGCUUGGGCACCAAGGUCAUUGAAGAGGAUGAUUAGUUUAUUAAUGUCUGUUUCAAGUAAGCAACUCGGUAGGCGGACUGGAAUUAUAUUAAGCUUUUUGGCAAAACCUUCAGUGUUAUGAGAACAAAAGACUUGUUUUUGUUGUUUCAGUAGUUUGGAGUAUUUUGUUUGCCUAAAUAUUCAUGAUGAGUAUGUACUUCUGAUUUUUAAUGGUGUUAUUUUUUGGUUA